UUUUUUUACGGGAGUGCAGGAGGCAUUAGAGUUUUAGUUAGCAUGUUGGUUGUGGGGGCGGUCGUGUAGUGGAGAGUCUCUGCUGAGUGCGUCGCCUCGCCAGUCAUGCGCUGCCCUGCAGUAGCGGCCCUGCUACUCCUGCUCCGGCAGGCGUUGUUAUGAGGGUGCGAGAGUGUCAGUGGCCGCCAGUACCAGUGGUGCAGUGGCUGCACUGUGAGCUGGAGAAGCGAGCUAUACCAGGCCCUCUCUUUGCCCACACUCUGCUCUCUCUACUGCACCCCCACUACUGCCCCUACUGCUGCUACUGCCUCCUCCCUGCCACCACUGCUGCUGUCAAGCCCGAACACUCCUCUGCCAGCUCUACCGCCGCCACUCUAGCCACUCCGCUGGAUGGCGAUGCCCUUGCGAGCAUCAGUUGGCUGGCCGAGCCUUGCGCGUCUCUUGAGCAGUGCCACAAAUGUUGUGGUCCAUCUCGCGAGACUUGCCAUCGUCUUGGGGUAGAUCCUCUUUCACGACCUCUCGCUCCCACUGAGCAAGUGCCACUCUGCAGCCAAGAUGGCGGUUGCCUGAGAACGUCCUCAUCCUUUCAUAAAACCAAUCCUAUCCUCGAAAAAAACUCUCGGCGUGAGACUAAGAGCAUCAAGUCUCCUCGUAAACUCUUCGACGCUAAGAACCUCCGUGUGUUCGUUGCACGCUCUACCAGCGACGAUCCGGAGGUGCUGCUAGAAGAAGAGGAGGAGCUUCUAUUCGGCCAUGGUCUUCACCCGGACGCGGACUUCCCUCUUGAACCUCACCCUAAAACACCCAGAAAAACGCCCGCACCCUCCGACCAAGCGCCGUGUGGCUGCAAUGCUGUGAGUCGACGUGCUCGUAAGCGUUACAAGAAGGAGCGGAAAGAGCACGAGCUUCUCUCUGCGCAACACUCGGACCUGUUGAGCGCCUUCCAUCUUCUGGCCUCUGCUGCUGAUCAGGAGUGCGAAGACGCUGCCCAGCUGUUGCACGCGCUCUGCAGUUUGCUGGACCAGCUUCAGAACAACAACAACAACUGCCCUCUAGACGCCCCCACCUGCGACCCUCCUCCAGCACCUCCCGUAUUAUCUCCUGCACGCAAGGAACUUCCCAUUGGCUCCAAGUCACAAGUAAAGGAAACUGACUUAUCUUGUGGCGAAAUUUUUCACGAGGCACUGAAGUACUUCAAAGCUUUUCCAGCACUUUGCCGUGACCUCGAAAGCUCCACGGAAACGAACUCUGCAGUGACCUCCGACGCCGUGUGGUGUUCAGAUAAGAGCAACUUGUCCAACUCGGGCGGUGUUCCACAAGAGUCAACUCAGCGUUCUGCUCUGAUUUCUCUAAGUCCAGCGAACGUUUCUUCUUCCGGUUCAAAACAUGGCAAAUCAUUCGAUCAGACUGAUGUGGAGCCAUCUAUUGUAAAAUCGGAUUCAGUGCCGCAAGUUCAUACCAAUGAAGUUGAGUUGGCGUGUUUUACCGAUGACGGGAAGCGUUCAAGUCCCAAUAUUCGUCCAGCGUCUCAAAACAUAGACAAGUAUUCUCCUACAGAAAAUAAGUCUCCUAAUUGGUCGUGCUCUAAAAAUUCUGAACAAGCUACACUGGAAGUAUUGAGCUCAAAUCAGUUUGAGUUAACGAAUCUACAGGACGUAAAUGUUGAUGCAAAGGCUUCAUGCAUAACAUCACCAUAUAUUUGUAAUCGAUCCACUGCAGCCGACCAGGAAAAAAUCCCAUCGAUCUGUCAUGUUGACUUUGCUCAAACUCUGAACUUGAAAGACGACAACAUUGACUCCAUUAGUAGAGUUGAAGUAGAAAAUUCGGAAAAACCUGGAGAUGCUGAUUUUGGACCUCGAAAUACCUGCUCUUUUCCUGUAUCUUCUAGCAUUGGAUUCCAUACGCUGUCGCAAGAUAGAUCAAAAUUGAAAACUGCUGAAUCAAAAUUUUCUGAUGAAAGUAAUUCAAUUCUUCCAAACGACUCCUUCUUUUCUCGGAGCUUUAUUGAAGAUGGAGCUCAGAAUUUUCUAAUGCCAUCUCAUGUGGAUGUAGAAAGUUCUGAGUCUGAUGUGCUGCAUGUCUUAUCUGAUGCCGAUGGAGGUGUAAAGUUCGUCGAUUCGAAAUUUCCCACCAAUUCAUUUUGUGUUGGAGCUUCAGUUGUUCAAACUCAAAACCACAAGACAACAAACUCUUGUCAUACUAUCGAUUACCAUGACUCGGUAUUUCCUGUUAAUGGGAAUGAUACUGCAUAUGAUUCCUUGCUGAUGGGAUCGAUAGAUUUUCUGCCAGUUCAGGAAGUUCAAAAUCUGACGGAUGAGUCUAAAUUAGUGGAGCUGCUUAACCUUCUGGGUCCAGGGCGCGCCAAUCACCUACGUGAUCCUGUCCCACAGCCUAGCGUUAACCCUGGUCAGACCCAGCCUGAGGCUGAUAAUCCUUUCUUGGCAAAUAUCUGGUCGUCUCUGUGGAGUGAAGACGUCCGUGCUGAAGAGGAUUCAUUGCUUUCUCCUGGCAACUGGCCUGGCCCGGCUCUUGCUAAUGGUGCUUUGAAAGAUAAAGCGGAUAAUUCAGAGACAACGAACGCGUGCGGACUUCGCUCAUUAACUGGAAUUAAUAAUCUCUCUAGCUUCAGCCCUGCUUCAUGUGGUCUGACAUUUAAUACUGAUUCAUCUUUCAACGAUUCGCCUUGUCUUUCAAAUGUUUCUGUCUAUACCGAUACUGUCUUGUCUGGUGCCAAACAAAAACUCCAGAUUAUAACCGGGCUCGAUUUUCUUUCCAAAAAGUAUGGCCCUUGCUGCGUGGCAUACACAGGCGACUGCCUAAAAAAGGCAACUGAGGGAAGCAAUUGGCUUGAUUCUAAUGUUUUUGUUCAUGGCUGCGGUAUGGAAAAAGGCAAUCUGAUGCCGUCAGCCACUCAGCCCGUAGUUGUGGGGCAUACUCCUGCCGUUCAAGUUGGCGACUUCACCGUUUUUCUGCCUGUCCACGGUUCUCAAGGUAACACUCAAAAAUCUGAAAGGGAUAGUGAACAGUCUCUUUUUCUAGACAACUCGGAGCUCAAGAAGAACAUCAAAGAUUUUUCUGAAGAACAUAUUUCAAUGAAGAAAAAUGACCAGUUCCUUAGCAUGCCGUUUCCUUCUGCUCAAGACUCUAGCUUAAGACAAGAACCUGUCUGCUUGGCCAGUUCUUCUAAUCUGUCCGUACACGAUUAUAACAAUGCUCCUUACGUUCAUAAUUCAGUUGGCACAGAAAAUGUUCUAAGCUCGCGUGGAAGCUCGGGGGGUCGGGUGGAAUAUGAUGCAUCUCUAGCAGACGAUGAGGAUGAGACUUACCUUCACGGGCGGGGCCAGCCGCGGAUUAAUUUUACAGGCACGGAAUACUUGAAUGUAAAUCGAGUGUCUGCUACAGAGGAGUCGAACAGAGAGGCUUUGGCUUUGAUUGAAACGCACCUGCAAAUACUGAAAAACAGUGAGGCUGCCACUGCCGGAGCAACGGAGCUUCAAUGGCAGACUGAACAGUUUAGUGCAAUGUCCACGCAGCAAAAUGUUACGGACAUGCUCAAUAACUUCUCUCAUCCUCGGUCUCAUCAAAGCUUUCAAGUUGAACCGAUCUCAAGUUUGGCUUACAAUCCCUUGUCUGAACGUCAUCCUCAUCAGAUAGAGAGUGUUCAUGAGAAGAUGUCUGAUUUGCCAGAAGUGUCACACAAUUCUUACCAUUGCCCAGAUCUUGGAAGCAUUCAGACAAACAUGCUCGUUCCUCAGUCGUCGGUAGAUGAUGCUCGACAAAAGAGCUUUGAGAAGCACUGUUUUGUUCCCAUCCUACAACCUCACUCAUUAGCUUUCGGUACCACUCAUGCCGGUAAUGAACACCGCGGUAGUGAGUACAAUUCUUUCUCUUCCAGGGCUGACAUUUUACAACAAAUGCAACCAAGUCCUGAAAUGGACGAAGCUUGGAAACGCUUGUGUGAGUCUUACUCUAAAUUUUCUCAAAGCCGCGGUGGUGCAGGCAUUGAGGAUUCGAGCGAGAAGAAUAUUUGGGCGGAUUUAAAUGCCAAUAAUAUACUGUCUUCGUGCGUUCCAUCGUCUGUAGCUGGAAGUACUGAGCAGGAUGGUGUUAACGCGCCUCACGAGUUGGCGAGAUCUCUUCCUACUGACGAAGAGCAAAUCCUCUGUCGGACUUUCCAGUCGUUGGGUCUGGAGAAAAUCUGGGAUACGUCGCCUCGCAUGCCUGACGAAUAUUCUAAAAUGCGGGACCAGAUGUUGUUUGCAACAUCAAUGUUGCAGCAGCAACAAAGUAAUCACAACAUGUGGACUCCAGAACUUCAACAAAGGCAUGAGCAUCCAUCUAAUUUGCUUUUGCAAAAUCAAUCUCACGCUGAAUCGUUGAUUGUGAAUUCCGGUCAUCUAUACACGGAAAAUAAUAUCACCAGCGAAUUUGGCACGUCAGGAAUUGAUGUCUUCCUGCCUGAUUCUUCUGCCAACGAUAAUCUCUCUGACGGUGAUAAGCUGCUUAUUGCUGGACCUUCAGGCGUCCAGGCCGUGCUCCCACACAGUUCUGAGAGCAACUUCAGCAGUGUCGUACCACGCCGUACUAACGUGCAAGAAGCUGCAGAAUACCUCAAGGCUAGUGCUCUCAGGACAGAUUCUUAUCGGUCUCGCGCGUCUGAAAACCUGCUUACGUCCCCCAGAACACACUUCCGCCCGAUCAAAUCGCAAGAAGAACAAACUACAACCAACCCUCCUUCCGUUUCGACGUUCACCACCACCGCGACGCAAGUCCAGCUUGAUUUACCGUACCAACGAUCGAAUAGCGGUACCCUAUUUCUCGAAAAGGAUGCCAUUGAGGGAUCUCCAAAGAAGUACAUGGUUUACAAAGAGCCCGUCGAGAAAAUGUGGGAGAUUGCAAAUAAAUUGUGCCCGAGUCAGGAAUCAUCACUGAUUCCUAAGUUCAAAGUUGUAAAAAACGAAAAAUUUUGCCAGACUGAUGAUAUUGAUGAAUCAAAUCUUACCACCAGUAUGCAAUCGUCCGACUCCACUCCCAUUCAAGAUUCUGAUGAUGAGAGUGACGUUUUUAUUUUCCAGCAAGAAGAUCAGUUUCUUUCGUCCGCUAAAGCAUGGAAUCAACAAGAAGUCCUGUCUUCAGAUAACUGGAAAAACUCACAGGAGAACCGUGCUGCCGGCCAAUCAUUAUGGCUCAUUGAAUCUACUAAAAAUUGUUUUGGUGAGAGAGGAACACAUCUGCCAAAUGAUAGUUUGGUCGACAAGCUCGGUAACUCUGCUAUCAUUUGGUCAUCUGAAGGAUCCCCGAGUCGAAUUGUUUUCCGACGCCGAUCUAGUAAGCCUCUUAUUAAAGAUGCGAGUGCAUCUCCUGAUAAACAAGAACGCGUCAUUGACACUCCAGCCGCGAGAGCAAUUUGGUCGAGUGAUCCGCGCACUUCGGUGACAGCAACCGCUCAACAUUACCACCAGGCUGCCAUGGCUUCGCAAAACAUCAACCCUGCCAUCAAAGCCUUGUGGUCUAACUCACCCGAUAAGGUAAAGCUUGCCUGCGGCACCAUAUCUGAUCAUCAGGAUGGUCUUAAAUGGAAUGAAAAUGGAGCGAUUAGGCGUCAAGAAAACGAGAAUUUGCUUGAUGUUAGUUCUCGUUUGCCUGCCUGGACGAUGAACGGGCGAAAUAACAUUCAUGACAUUGAAAAACAAAUACCAAAUGAUUGGACUCCAGAAACCAGCGUUUUAAUCGAUGAACAAAGAGAUUGUGAGAGCAUUGCCAAUUCUUUGACUCCGUUGCCGAGCAGCAGCUGGAGCAGUAAUGCUGAAACUAUUGCCCUUGUCGGAAACGAUGUCAAUAGAAAUCUCAACAAAGAAAAAAUCUGGAGCACUAAUGAUGCUGCUGCUGCUGCUGCUGCUGUACAUUCUGUUCCCUGGGGCGAUCAAUCGGUUUGGAGUAAUGCUGAAGAAGGUGCUCCUUGGAGCAAUGCUGAUGGCAAAGACUUAUGGAGCGAUGGUGCUAACAAUGCUUCAUGGUGUAAUUCUGAUGCAGUUUGGGACGACGAAGAAUAUCUCAAAGCUAAAUGGUCAAGAAAAGGAAGCAAAGGAAAUCCUUGCUACACUGCGGCCGAAGUGGAUGACUUGGCUCUCCUCGAAGAGGCCAAGCAAUGGGAGAAGGACGUCAGUAUGGAUGCAGUUGGGUUCCCCGACUCGAAACAAGAAGAUCUGGAGGAACUGGAUCCUGGCUGGCAGUUGCAGGACGGCUUUGUGUGGGCCCAGCAGUGCGGCAAUUCAAUGAUGCUCUCAGGGCACGAGCCAGGCAUCGGGAUGGACUGUGACGAUUUUGACGACGCGGCGAGUUUAAGCAGCUGCAGUAGUAGCAGCAGCAGCGAGGUUGUGAUGAUGCCCACUGAAGAUGGUGGAACGCUAGCCGUGCAAGUUGAGUAUCUUGACGAGGAACUCUAUGACAAGAUCUUCGGAGCUCCCGAUCUGCAGAUGGCCGGAUCCCUUCCUGAUCUGCCCAAUAAUCAGGCCGGGCUAAAGGUGCUACGCGAGCGCUGGCUGCCGCCGUGGCGACGUCCUUGCACCUUCUUCAUGGAGGGAACGUGUCGCCGCAAGCACUGCAAGUUCUCGCACGACCUCUCAACCAUAACCUGCCGGUUCUGGCAAGAAGGCUCAUGCCUGAAGGGGAGCGAGUGCCCCUUCCUCCACGGCUAUCCCGUGGUGACCCGCCGACGGAAUAGAAGCGAGGGCGACUCAAGAAGCAGUGGAGGGGCUGACCACAACAAGAACGGCCCCGGUCUCAGGAGGGAUGCCAAGCACCGUCCACACAGACUGUCGUCUUUUGAACUCUCCUCCGAGACCGACUUCCCGUCCCUCGGCUCCGCUAGCGAUGCUAAGGAGAGUGAGCGUUCCGGGGCAUCUUCUGCUGCCUCUGUUUCUUCUGGACAUGGCGGAUCACUGGUUGCGCAGCAGCAGAAAAAGAAGGCCAAAUAUACUCCCAUCACUGCUGCCAUCCUUCAGUCAAGCAGUGGCAGAAGCAGACGUCGCCGGCACACCCACUCUGCUCAGCGUUGCUCGUCUCCUGACUCUAAAGAGGCCGAGUGUAGCCGCAGCAUCGGAAGUUCCAUCAUCACGGCUGGCUCGUCUCAUCCUCGUGUCUCUAAACCCAUCAGUUCUGAAGGCAAGACGCUCUCGUCCGCAACCGGAACAGAUGCUGCGUCUAACACUGCUGGCAAAAAAACAUCCGGUAAGACAAGCUGCGCGACUGACACAUCGGAGAGCACAUCAGACAACAAGAACUCGAAGCAACGUCAUCGACGCCACCGUAGUAAGGCAGCGGCUUCAGCACCCGUACGCAAGGACGCGAGAGCCAACGUCUCACCCGAUGAUUGAGAAAGGCAACUGUGGUAGGAGCAACGUUGAGAAUCGGGCUCUGUAUAACAAUGUUCUCUUGGACUCCAUAUCUCUGUGACAAGUUCGCACUUGUCUCAUGUAUGCAAUCUUUGUCAUUUCAUGGAAAAAAUUGUCCCCUAUACGGUUUUCGUGGCCGCACUGUCGUGUGCGCGCCUCCCUCAGUCCUCUGUCUCUUAUCACAGUGCUCAAUAUGGCGUAUUGUAUUGUCGUUAGUAAGUAGACUUAAUUAAGCACGUUUAUUUUAGAUUUAAAGCCUCCAUGUCAUUGAACAAACUGUUUACUGAAAUGACAUCAUUUGUUCCUGUCCCUUUGCUUAUAAUAUUCCAGUGCUUUGUUGUCACUGUUUUCAUUAGAUAUCAACGCUGAUAGAUGCUAGCAGAAGUGAAAAUGCAAAUGGCUAAUUUCGUUCAUGCUCCCAACCUAUGUCGAACGCUUAUAUUCGCUAAAAUUCUCAUCGCCUGAACAAGACAGUGCUGUGGUUCUUAGCUUCGUUUUUUUGUGCUGAAAUAAAGAAUGCAGCGACGGUACUUAUAACUUGAUGGCUUAUCUCAUUGUUCCUAUGACUUUCUAUCAAAAAUGUCCCUCUCAUUCAUGAAACCCUAACCUCGGCGAUGCCUUUACACCGUACUCGGUGAUGAUUUUAAGUUUACUGUUUCCGUAGUAUUUAGCUUCACUGGCAAUAAUCCUUUCUUGUCGCGGUGAAGAUGCUUGUGCAGUUUCUGCUUCACCUCUAGACGCGUUAAUAAUGUAGUUCAAGUGUCGUGUAGAUUGCGUAGUCUCAUAUUAAGUGUAAUAGCAUUGCAGUACAACAUAUCUUCGUCAUUCAUUUUGUUUCUAACACUUGAAAUUAUGUCUCAGGGUUAUAAGAGUCAACCUAGCAGAAAUGACUUGCUCUCGCUCCUUGUCAUUCGUAUUCCGAAACUUUAGCCCCGUCACUGUGUGGGAAGUUAGUCUUUUUUUCCGGCUAUCUGAGCUCAUUUUCAGAAUUUUUUCCGAUAUGAAUUGUCUAAAAUUUCCAGAGUACUUUUUAAAAUUGAUUUUGUUAAGGUUCUUGAAUGCAUCUGGGAUAUAGAAUGCAUAACAUACUACAUCAUUUGGUAUUAUAAGUUUAUCUUAGCCCACUGAUGCCAGACGGAUGCUGAUGUUCUAAAAUAGGCUAAUUAACUUCUUGAUUUAGCUAAAUUGCACUCUAAGUCUUUGCGUAAUCGGUAUCUUGGGUGAACUUCUCGAAAACCAUGAUUGUCUGCAUUGAGCGUUGUCUGUGGACCGAUUUGAAAGAUUUUCCCAAGCUAUCGUCGUAUUCGUAAUGAAAUGGCCACGUGAGAGGUUAUACGGUCAAUAAAGGCUGGUCUAAUGUGACUUAUGUUUGUGGCGUCUGGUAGAUGUUUUGCACUGGAACAAUAAGUUUAGCAUGUAAGCAAUGUCCUGAGUAAUCUGUUUUUUAGCAUAUGUUGUUCCAGUGACAAAAAUGUAAUAUUCAUGCUGUUGCAUUGUCAUAAUUUUAAAUUAUUAGUACCAGGAGACGAGAAUUACCGAAUGAAAAUGUGCAUUGCCUGCAGCCUGGCGUCAUUGCCUUUGCAAAGUGCGAUGAAUGUGUGAACUAAAACUUGCAUCAGUCGGCUUCAAGUUACUGGUGAAACAAUUGGUUGAUAAUUUUUUUGACUGUGCCUUAUUCCAAGUUAUUUCUCUGUCAUUUAAUCCAAUGUUCAAGUCGUGCUCGCCUUGACGGUGGGCAAAUACUUCUUCGCUGAUGAAGUCUAGCAGGAAAAUGUGCUAUAGGAAGUGAGCAGUGGUGCAUCAUGCGCUCAUGCAGUGAAAAUGUGUAACAAGAAAGUGGAGAUUAUCACGUGUGAGAGCCAUAGACUCGAAGACGUCAAAUAAUAACCUUGAAAGCCUGCAGUGAUGAAAAACUAUUCUGUGUGUUUGUUUACACCAAAGAAGAAUUCGAAGUGUUACUUAUAAGUCAAGUCCAUUGAUAUCGAAACGAACUAAAUGACUGGUGAAAUUGCAGUCUAGUUGCAGAUAUCUUUGUGGAUAGGAGUGAAGUGGACUAUUAAUAUCUAACUUUUCCCGCUACAUAAAAUUUAUGAGUGGUAGUUACAAGAACAUAAAAUCUCAGCCUCAGUUCCAUGGCUGAGAAGACUUGUGAACAGCUACCUCAUAGAAGAUUUUCACACUCGUGUCAUGUCUGGAUCUUCUUUCCGCCUUACAUUUUACCUUCCCCGUUUGCGGUACACAGAUUCUCCUUCACUCGUAUCAAUUUCCUGAUGUGCGCUAAAAGGAUUUUCCGAUUCGGGAAUUUCUGCUCGCCAGGGAAUCUGUUUAUUCAUUUGAGGCGCUUGCCGCACCCGCCCACUACCCUGGAAAUGUCCCUUCUCUUCUGGGCCUUUUCUUUGUCUCGCCAGAAUCUGUCUGCGUGGAAGAGACCUCCUUCAUUUCUCCUUUUAUCCUAACUCGUACCCAGUGGUUGGUGGUGCGAUUGUCAGCUCGGUCUGGUGGGUCAGUUGAGGGAUCAGAGCUGAUCCACCGCUGGGCUGUGGCUCGGCUUCUCCGUAUUGUGGUCCUUCACUUUCCCUCUUGCCUAGAAUAAAAAAUAACCUCUCCGGAGAGCAGGUCACCCGGAAAGCAUGUUCUGAGUAACUAUAAAGCUCUUUAUUCAUUCAUAUCGUAUUGCAAUUCAUGUUGUAUUUCUUCAAAAGCCUUGCGUAUUAUUCUUAUUCCGAUAAAACGUAUUUGUGCCUGAACACUGGUCACUGUUGACAGCAUUGUUUUUAGUACAGUGGCUGCCUUCAAUUUGGUUUAAUCGAUGUGUGAGUGAAUGUAAAUUCAUCUUAUUUUACUCUUCCCUAUUGCUCAAGCAGUUUGCUGUUUGGAAAUAUGAUGGAAAUAAAGUAAAGAUUCAUCCUGUUAUCGGACCAUACGCAAUUUGUAACAGUUCAAUAAUGCUCAAUAGUGUCCGCCUAAGAAUUAUUAAAUGCAAGCUCCGCGUCAAAGCCGCAGCGAUGGCCCGUCCAGCGCCUGUUAGCGGAGCCCACGUCGCACACCCACCGGACCACAGCGGUACCUCCACUUCGAACUUCUACGUUAAGAAGCGGUCACCAUAUGAUCCCUGUUCUCUCUUUUGUUCUCAGACGUGUACAUGCCGUAGAGAUGCAUACACCACUUAAAUUUCUCUUUGAAGGGCGUUCUUUAUUUGGUCAGUAAUAUUCUACAUCGUGCGAGUAAAAUUUUUUAAUUUGGUUUGAAAUGUUCAGUUAUGAUCAGAAUAUUUGUGCCUCGUCAUUGUUCACGUUAGCAUUUUAUUUUGUCUGCCAAUCGAUAGUGGGUAUUGUAAAACCUUGCGACCGUUAUUUGAGAAAAACUGAGAGAACAAA